UGUUCUGAGCUCUUGGUAUCUCUUGAUUGCCUUUGAUGGGUGGCCGAGAUGUCCGAGCAAAGUGUCAAGCCAGCUGGAAUGCUGCGCGUCUAUUUCCACGAUCAUACGUACAAAACCCUGCAUUUGACACAAGACUCUUCAGUACAGGAGGUUAUCGAACGCCUGUGCCACAAAAUUGGCGCCGAUCCCACUACGUAUGAGUUGCUCAUCAUCGCACCUGUUGGCCCCUUGCGCGAGCGAAAGCUGCUUUUGGAAGACCGACCAUUGCGUAUCCAGGAGAAAGCUGGAUGCACAGCUUACAAAUUCCUCUUCCGGCAAAUGCAAAACUCAGGAAAGGGCAAAGCUCCCAUUAUGGAUGAGAGUGUGGAUUGGCCGCUACCUUCGGUGUCAGAGGAAGGCAUUUUGGAGCGUGGAGAACUUGAAUGUCUCACAGAGAGUGGCUGGCAGAUGUGCAGUGUUGUCCUAGAUCGAGAUAACCUUUGGCACUCAGACCCGGAGGCGGUUCGGGGUGCUGGCAUGGUGAAGCUGCCCCUACGCUGCUUUAAAAAAGUCGAAGCGGUGGAGGAUGAGGCGAACUGCACUUUGCGAAUACGCAGCAGUGACGGAGAAAGCACCUGGCGUGCAAGGAGCACCAAGCAUCGAAAUAGUUGGCUAAAGGUCUUGACCACCCAGUUGCAGGCGCUGACGGAGGCUGAAUUAUUUUUCAAAGCCCAAAAUGCAAUCGGUGAUCUCGAGGCCCGACGCUGCGAUGACGACUUGGCUCGGCUCGAGACCUUUGACACGGUGCAAGGGCUGUUGGCUGAUCCCGAAGCCCGAGAGCUAUUUCUGUGGUUUCUGUCACAAAUGGCAGCGGACUCCGAGGACCCUGCUGUGGCUGAGGCAGACGCCGAUUUCGCAGAGUCACAACUUGCAAGGUUCAAAGAACAUCCUGGCAUCCAAAAUCGGCUCUGUCGAAUAGCAGCUGGUGUCGGGGCCGUUGAGCAAAAGGGUGGGAGGCUUUGUGUGCAAGGAUGCGCUGGAGCACUUCCUAGCAAGGUUUGCUUGUAA